CUGAUUGUAAUUUACAAUUUCACCUUAAUUUUAUUCGACCAUUAGCAUUUUAUUCUAUUCGUUUAAUUAGUACUUUUUUAGAAUUACCCAAACUCGGAUGUUACAAUAAAAAACAUUUUUCCCUCAUAUGUUUAUCUAUUGAAAAACAAUAUUAUUCAGCGUAGAAUAUUCAGAAAACGGACACUCACAAUAGUAUUCAGUAAGCAAUAAAAUCCCAUCAAUUGUUAAUAGGUUUUAAUAAUAAUUAGAACAUACAAUCUAAUAUUACAGUGAAUAGUAUUCAGAUCUAUUUUGUUAAAUUCUAGAUAUUUGUAUUUUAUUUCAUGCAUUGUAUUAUUUGUUUAGUAUCGCAAAUCGCAUAUAUUCUUAAAAAAUAUUAUAAUGUACUGGACUGUUCACUUGUAUGGAGGCCCACGUCGCGUCAAUCAUGCAGCUAUUGCAAUUGGCACAACUAUUUUUACAUUCGGUGGUUACUGCAGUGGUGUAGAUUACAAGACCUUCAAGCCAAUCGACAUACAUAUAUUAGACACCGGUAGACAAUAUUUAAUAAAAUAUUUGAUUUUCUCUAGUCUAUUAUAUAAUUGGGGAGGAUAUGGAUAUUUUUAUAUGAUAUAUAUUAUUUAUUUUUAAUUUUAGUGAAAUUUAAAUGGUGGGUACUCAACAAUAAUGACCAAGACAGCACAUGUAUCCCGUUUCAAAGGUAUGGUCACACAGCUGUCACUCUAGGUUCUAAAGUAUACCUGUGGGGCGGUCGUAAUGAUAAGGAAGUUUGCAACACCUUAUACUGCUUCGAUACUGGUAAAUUUUUAAUAAAUUAAGUUGUAUUUUAAUAAAACGAUGACAUAUUUAUAAAAUUUAGGUAAUAGUAAAACAAAAGUAAAAAAUAUAAAAUAAUAUAAUUGAAUAAUGUCAAAAUGAAAAAUAGGUACAUAGAAAAUAUUAGCAUUUUUUAUAAAUGAGUAAACUCAUAUUAAUAGAAGUGAUUUUGAAAUGAAAUAAAAUAGAUUUAAGAGGUUUUAUUUAUUAUGUUAAAUAAAUUGGUGUUUAUAGAAUAUUAUUCUUAAUUGAAAUUGAUUGUACAUUUAAGAUGUUUUAGAUUCUGAGUGGAGCAAAAAAACUUAUGGUUUUACAAAGAUGUUUAUUACUAUUAUUAUUUUUUUAUUUGUGAAUAGAUUUCUAAGUGUAGCACCUUUUCUGAAAGAAUCUUAGUGUGGAGAGGUACUUAAAUUAAUUUUUUGAUUUUCUCAAGAGUUCUCAUCAAAUUUGAAAAUCUGAAAAAAAACAAGAAAAUAUAAGAAAUGUAGGUAUUAGUUAAAAUAUUACAGCCUUCUUUUUUUCUGUGCACAACUUUUCUACCAGUUAUUUUGCUCCAAAUUUAAUGAUAGCAAUAUUUCUAGAAGGAAAUUUCACUAGGGUGGUACUUUAGAGAGGUUAUUUUUUGAUUUUCUCGAAAACUUGUCCAACUUUAUCAUUAUUUCUGUGACUACCUUAACCAUCACUUUCAUGCUAUACCUCUGUUAUUGUCGCUUUUACUCUUUAUGUGUAUUAAAUUAAAAAAAAUGGUUUUGUCUUUUGUACGUCUACCUAACAUGGUUUCGCAAAAUAAAAUUCUAGGAACUCGGGUUUAAACUUGUGAUCUCUGAGAUGACAAUAGGUAUGACAGUAGGACAAUAGGUGGUGUUCCACCACUAGAGUACUAGACUACAACAGAUAUAAUGUACUCAAUAUUGAGUUGUUUAAUGUAGCACAUAUACUAUUCGCUCAAUUUUGACUUCACCAUUGUUCUUAAAUCCGCAAAAUACAUAUGUUCAAAACAAAAUAUAUUGAACAAUUUACUUGGACCAGUAACUAGAUUUGUUGCACAUAAUAAUAACUAGAGUUCGUGACUUAUUGUAUUAAAAAUGCAUGAAAAUACACAGUCAAACCGUCAAAAUAUACUUAAAAAUAUGCAGGUAAUUUAUUAUUAUAUUUUCGAAAAAAUACAUAAAACAUAUUAUUAUAAAUAUAAAAACGAAAAUCUCAAUAAGACGUCCUAGAAUAAUGAGAACGUGUGCAGCCACUGUUGUGGGUAAUUUAGUGUAUAUCUGUUAGCAAAAAUUAACCAUUGCUUACGAAAAAACAAUUUUGAGCGGAAUUUAGUUGAUAGUGAUGCUUUGUCAAUAAUAUUAUAGUAAAAUAAUUAAAUAGGCAUUAUAUAUUAUCUUUCAUAAUAUUUGUUAAAUCUACUGAUUUUUCUGUUUUUUGUACAUUUUUCAGUUUUCCACAUUUGUUGAGAAAACUCCGUAGAAAACCGAUAAAAUACCUUUCUAGUAUUAUCAUUAAAGGUUGAAGCAAAAUUGCUGGUAGAAAAGUUGUCCACAAAAAAAAAGAAGGCCAUAAUACUUUUAGCUAAUACCUACAUUUCUUACAUUUUCCCAUUUGUCAAAAAAUAAACAUCUUUGUAAAACCAUAAGUUUCUUCACUCCACUCAAAAUCUAAAAUAAAUUGAAAUCGUCAAUAACAAGCUUGAUUAUUAAACAAUAAAGAUAAAGAGACACAUAUCUACGACCUACUUACCCAAAGUAAUUUAUUAAAAGAAAUAUUUUUGAAUGUUAUGAGGUAUAUUUUUGGUGUACCCUGGUCUACAGCAUUGUUUCAACAAUCUGAAUUAAUGGAUGGUUUUGAGUUUAGAUAUCAAGUUGAAUUUGAAGAAUUAUUGGCUUGUGAAACACAAAACCGUUGUGAUUAGUGAUAUUUGUAUAAAUAUAGUUAUGAGAGUUAGAUGUAUAACAUAUUCUAAUAUAUGAAGAUGAAAAUAACUGACAUGCAAUACUAUUAUAGGUUACCUAUUGUAUUUUGGUAGGGAUGACCAUAAUAUGACAUCUAAAAUUCAAUUUUAUUUUAGAAACACUUAAAUGGUCUACACCAAAUGUAUAUGGCACUAUACCAAUGCCCAGAGACGGUCAUUCUGCAUGUGUUAUAAAAAAUCAAAUGUUCAUAUUUGGCGGGUUCCAAGAAAAUCCAACUCAGUUUUCUCAAGACUUAUAUAUGCUCGACUUUCACACAAUGGCAUGGAGUAUAGUUAAAACAAAUGUAUUGGAUUAGUUGAAUAUAUUUUAUUGUAUGUAAAUAAUUAACAGUUUUUCUUUUCAUUAGGGAGAUCCACCAUCACAUAGAGAUUUCCAUACUGCAACUGCUAUUGGUAAUAAAAUGUACAUUUUUGGUGGUCGUGGCGAUAAUGAUGAAUCAAGAGUUAGCGGCAAAGAAGUAUACUGUCCUAACAUUUAUUAUUUCGAUACACUUACUAAAAUGUGGGUAUGCCCAGUUGUUUAUGGUGACAAACCCAAUGGUCGACGCAGUCAUUCAGCUUGUAUGUAAUAAAUAAUAACUAUAUAUGAACAGUAAAUAAAGGAACAAUAAUAAUAUAAUGUUAUUCUCAUAAUUCUUGACAUAUUUGAUUACAGUUGUGCACAAUGGCUUCAUGUACAUUUUUGGUGGCUUUAACAGAAACCUGGACUUGCACUAUAAAGACAUACAUCGAUAUGAUCCAAUAAAAUCUACCUGGUUAAAAAUGAAUCCAAAAGGCACAUCACCGUGUGCCAGGAGAAGGCAGAUUUGUUUAGUAGUUAAUGACCAAGUUUUUAUAUCUGGUGGUACAAGUCCAAAUUAUCCCAAAACCCAAUUACAAAAUUUCAGAGUACUAAACUAUGAUUUUUCAUCUCAUAUUCUAAAUCAGCUUAAGGAUCAUGACGACCUUCAUGUUUUAAAUCUUAGUAAGAUAUUUGUAAUUAAUCAUUAUUAUAUGCUGCUUAAGUUAAAGAAUUUGAUUGCAAUUUUUAGAUCCGAGUCUAAAAGACAUGCUUUUGGUGAACGUAUGGGAAUUAUUGGAUAGUCAAGGAAUAUCUCCACUCCACCUAUGCAUCCCAACAUCAUUAAAGUAAAUUAUCUUAUAAUAUUCUCUUAUGGUCGUUUUCACCAACAUAAACAUUUACAUUUUCGUUUAUCUAAUUUUUAAAGAGUUUAUUGCUGAUAAUCAACCAUGAUUAGUUGAUUAUCUUUUAAAUUACAUUUAAAAAUCAACAUAUAUGCUGGUGAGAAUGGCCUUUAGUCUUAAUUAAAUUCAAUGAAUUUAUUUAAUAUUGAAGAUUAAAUGAAAAAUAAAUGUUCCUUUUCUUCCUUGCUUUUAAUGAUGGGAGUGUCACUGUUGUAGGUGAGAAGUUGGAAAAGUAGUAUUCAUAAAGUUAUUUCAGUUAUGUCUAUAAGCAGUGAUAAAUAAUUGCCAACAAAAACAUAUUCUGAGUGAAAUUUGGUUAUGUUUUGGAAGACUGUAAUUUGUCAAUUUUGAUAAAAUUUUGAUUUUAAAACACUUAUAAAAAAUAAAUAAAAUAACGCUACUAUGUACAGCAAAACACCUAGCAAAACAAGCUAUAAACUUUUCUGUAUUUCCUACGUUUAUUCUGGUUUUUCCCAAUUAUUAUAAAAACUGUUUGGGAAAUCAAAAAUGCAACAAAAAGUCUCUUUAAUUUUUAAUUGAAGCAAGAUGUUUGGUAGAAAAGUUAGUUGCUCAGUCACAAAAAAAAAAAACUUAAAAAAGCCAAUACAUUCCUCCCACCGCUCAGAAUCUAACACCCAUAAGCAGCUGGGUUCCAUUACUAGAAUACAUUUUUCCUUUACCUGGAAUAUAGAAGUACUCUUUGUAAAUAACUGAAUACUAUACUUUACUAUCUACUUUAAAAAAAAUAGUAAAAUUUGUGCAUACAAAUAAUAAGGGUGGGUUGAAAGUUUAAACUUGUAAAAGGCACUUGGUUACAUAAAUAUAAACACCAUACAUGUACAAAGUUUCAUCUCCUGGCUUCAUUUGUUAGGUCUGUUUGGGUUAGUACAGUUAAAAUAAAAUUUUUUUUUUAUUAUUUUGUAUGGCAUAAUUCAUAGUAACAUGUUAAUUAUAUCUAAACUAAAAUCAAUGACCGAUUGCAUCACAAUCUAAAAUUAAAACUAAAUGUCCAAGCUUCUUAACCAUUCAAUGGCAUCAGUUGAUACUUCAUUAUGCUCUUCAUACCCAUCAGGAACUUUCUGUUACUAUUUAUUCACUAUGUGCUGAACUGUCUGUUUGGUUGUAGUUGCGGCAAUCACAUUUUGGGUACACUUGUUAUAAAAUUAAAAGCGGACAUUAUUCCAGAGGGUAAUAAAAUGUGUUUUUUUUUAAAAUUAAUUUUUAGAAAAGUGGCAGUCAUUUAAAAAAAGAUGAAUUAGUAAUUAUUUCUAAACUAUGUAUUUAAUGUUUUACUUGGAAUAAUAAUUAAAAUAAUAGGAAAAAUGUAUUAUCUUGACCUCUGGAAUAUUGUCCUCUUUUAAUUUUGUAUUAAUGAUUUUAAUCUAAAACCAAAAUAAAGCAAAUUCUAUGCAAUCUGCUUAAGGUAGAUUUUUCUAUACUCCCCGUUUGUUAGACUGAGACAUCACAUGCUUUUAUAAUGACCUCUUUAAGUCUCAAGUUGCCGGUGUAUUGUUAAGAUGUGUUGCUAAAGAAAUGGAUUCUUAUAUGUUUUGGUCUUUGUAAAUAACCUUAUGAUAAUGUUGAAAUUAUUUUCUAUGUUUUGUAGCCUUAUAAUCUAAUAUUAUCCUUGAGCCUUAUGUCUUAUCCUUCUGCUUAUCAGCCAUUACCUAUUCAAUUUGUUUCAAAUUGUUGAAAGAAAGAAAAAAUAAAAAUAAAUGAUUUCAAAUUUGUAUUUAAACUUUUAAAUGGUUUUAUUGAUUAUCCAGAAUUAUUAGGUUUUUUUUAUUUUAACAUCCCUCAGUUGUUAGGUUUAUUACUAUAUUUAAUGUUUUUUUACAUAGAACAAACUAUGCUUUAACUUCACUUACCAAUAGAAUGAUAUAAUUUUGUUAAGGAACAAAACAAAAAUUGAUUUAUUUAACUUUUCUUUCUUAAAAUAUUUUAAUAAUUAUGUGAAUAGAAUUUUUGUAUUUAAUUUAUUUAUAUUAUUUUAUCAUUAAUAUGAUUUAUUUUGCUGUCAAUAUUGUGCAUUGUAUUAUAUACACAAUAUUCCACAAAGAUAUACCCAUUGUAAUAUCUUUAGAAAUAAUGAAGAUAUUCAAAUUCUAUUUUUUUAUAAUGCUCCCAGAAAUAAGAACUAUACAUAUUUAUAUUUGAGUUAAAUUUUUAAGUUUUGGUAAAAAAAAAAAAAAAAAAAACUAAAAAAAUAACUUUAUUUUAUUAUUUUCAAAAAAUUUAAAGAUAGGCGUUUUAUAGAAUUUAUUCUUCUGAAAAUUAUGACGUAUCAACUUUUUAUUUUCAUUAAAUUCUUGAAUUUUAUUAUUUUUUUUAAGUUAGAGAAACAGAGUGUACAGUCAAUUAACUAUAAUUAUUAUAAUAAUCAAUUAAAUGCAACUACUGUCUGUUGCAUAAUUAUGUGUACUUUUAUCUGAAAUUUAAAAAAUGUUUAAAAUCACAAAUUAAAUGAAAAUUAAAAAUUAAAACGCUAAAAAAUUUUCAGGUGGGACUCAUCAGUAGUGUUAGAUGUAAUGUUAUUAUUAUACUUUAUUACACAACAAUAAACUUUUAUAUAUUAAUGACCAUAUUCACGUGGGUUUUCACCACUAAUUAAAUAUGUCUAAAAUAAACAAACUAUUUAAAACUAAAAAAUGUAAUAAUAAAUAGAAAAAGACUGACAUUUGUGUGCAUAAGUGGGCCAUUGUUACAGGUGAGAAGUUGAGAAAGUAGUAGAAGGGAAAUUGAAUGUAUAUCUUAAGCGACGAUAAACCAUUGUUAAUGAAAAAUGAUUUUGAGCAAAGUUCAGUUGAUAGUGUUACUUUGUCAAUAAUAUAUAUGUUAUAAUAUGGUAACAAAUUAUAUAGGCAUUAUAUAUUUUAUUUAAUAAUAUUUGUUUAGUAUUGUUGCAAUUUUCCCAUUGUUUUCAAUUUUCCCAUUUACUUAGAAAACUAGGAAAAUCAAAAAAACCACCUCCCUAAAGUUGAUACUCACCUCGGUCAGAUUUCUUUUUAGAAAAAAUGCUACACUUGUAAAUCAGAACAAUAUUUCUGAAAGAAAAGUUGUUCACAUUGUAAAACUAUAAGCUUCUUUACUCCACUCAGAAUCUAAAAUGUAAUGAGAUAGAAAGUAUGGGCAUGGACUGAUACUUUUGGGCUUUGGCUGUAUUUUAUUAUUCAAAUCAAUUUGUAUGUUAUCAAAUAUUGGUUAUUAAUAUUUAUAAAAUAAAAUAAUAAUAUCUAUUCUAUAAUUAUUAUUUUUACUUAAUGAGUACUAUUUAAUAUAGUAUAAUAGUAGUUUUUUGGGGGGUUUGGUCAAAACACUGACAGUCAAAAUAUUAAUUUGCUACCGUAAAAAAAUUAAAUAAAAUGUAAUAUCAAUAACCAAAGUUUAUUAUUAUUAAAGUAAAUAUUUGUAAAUUAAAUAAUUUAUAAUUAUAAUAAUAAUAAAAAGUUAAUUAUCUUACAAAAAUAUUGAAAUAAUAAUAGUCAAAAAAUAUUUAUCCAUUAUUAUUAUUAUAAUUUUGAAAUUAAUUAAUAGUAACUUGUCGAUAUUUUGUACUUUUUGAUAUUUUGAUUGUUGUAAUCUUGCACUGCAUUCGUUUUUAUUAUGUUAAAUUUUUACAAAAUUAAAUAUUUUCAGAAAUGAUCUAGCUUCCGUCAAUCCUUCCGAGAUCACGGAGAUCGGAUCCAAUGUAAUGUCUAUGGAUCAACUUGAUUGAAUAUGCUAUUGAAUAAACUGAACAUUAUAUUUAGUUCUCACAAUGAAAUUCAUAAUAAAAAUAAAUAAUAAUAAUAAUUAUAAUAAUAAUAUUAUUAUUAUUUAUUAUUGUUUGUAUUAUUAUUUAUAGUAUUCACAAAAUAUCCCAAAGUCUUUCAUUAAAAAAAAAAAACAUCUCAAAUGAAUAUUAGAUUUUACAUAGAAUGUGUUUUAUAAUGUUAAUUAAUCUAACUUGUUAUUCUUUAGGUAAAUUGAAAAAUAAUUUGAAUAUCUUCUUCUUCUUCCUUGCCUUCAUCCCAGCAAUUUGGGGUCAGUCACCCCCUUCUAAACUUCCAUUUGACAUGAUCUCCCACCUUGCAUACACCGACUGUUCUUAUAUUAUCAAUCGCAACCAACCACCUUUUUUUUGGUAUUACUCUCCACCUUUUUCCUUUUAUGUUUAUUUCAAUUAAAAUUUUUACUGUUUCAAAUUCCUCCUCAUGUUAUGACUAAACAAUCUCGGUCUAUUUUCUCCUAUUUUGUCCUCUACCAAAGCCAAGCCUAAGCUACCUUUUAUGUACUGAUCCUUGAUCCUAUCUUCUCUCAUUACUCCACUCAUCCACUUAAGCAUUUUCAUUCCUGAUACACUUAUUCUCUUUCUAUUUUUCUGUUUAUCAACCAACAUUGAACCAUGGAAAAUAGUCACGCCACACUUUUGUAAAACUUAACUUUAAGUCUCAUUGGAAUUCUCUUGUCAUAUAAAACACCUAUCAUUUCUGAUAUUCCACUUUAUCCAACCGCACUUAAUCUUAAAUUUCACAUCCUCAUGAAAGCCACUUCACUGUUCUUCUGUACAAAAGAUCUAUGAUACUUAAAAAUCUUAACCUCGCCUAUAACCAUUUAUUCUCAUUAGUUGUCUUGUCCUAUUACUUCAAAAUUAUACUCUAUUUUACUUCUAGUUAUCUUUAGUGUCUUUCCUUCAAGUUUACUCACCAUUCCUCAAGUUUACCGCUAACUUAUUCCAGAUUUUUUCCUAUCAUCUGGAAACAUAAUGGUACCAUGAUAAUUCUUCCUACCUGUUAUCCCUGUGGUGGGUCAAUCCACCAAAUUCUUGUUUAGAAUUCUUCAAAAUAGUUGUCAGAAUUUUACACCGGCUGUUUAACCUCACACAAUCUUACUUGUCACCUCUUAUGACAGGAAGUGAUUAUGGGAGUAUUCUGACCCCCUCUCGCAAGGAGAAUGGUAUUGUUAACUAUAAAGUGAAUCUCUCUGCUCUACAGAAACAAUAACAUAUGCCUACUAGAAUUACUUGACUGGGCUUUUCACCAGUAGAAACUCUGGGCCCUGGGUCCAUAACCCCCCCUCCCCUUAGGUGUGAAAAAUAUUCUUUAUAAAUAUUAAAUACUAAUACUUUUUCUAAAAUAUAUUUUAAUUAUAUUAGUUGAUUAAUUUGUAGAUAUUUAUAAUUAUUAAUAAACUUUAAUAUUUUUGUCUUGAAAUAAUAUUAUAUGUUAUGUCCAUGCAUGUACUUAGUAUUAGUCUAAAUAAACAAAUGUUUGACCAACAUACUAAUGAAGUGUAAAAACAUUAAACAUGUUUGAGAAAUCGUGUACAUUAUUUGGAAUACUUAAGGUUAAGAAUAUAAUUUAGAAGUUAAUCAAAAAAUAUUUUAUUUAUGAGACUUAGCUUAUUUUUAUACAUUCAUAUUUUAAUUCUUCAAUUUAAUAGUGUGCUAUGCUUGUAAUGUAAUUUCUUUAUUUAAUAUGUUUGUUAUUGUGUACUAUGCAUUCUUUGCAAUUCACCCAGAGUCCAUUUGUGCAUUAUUGAUAAAUAAUGAGUAUUUAUAGUUUUAAAUAUUAAUAUAAUAUCAUUGUUGAACAAAUACAAAUUAAUAAACAU